CCGGAAGUACGUCACCUUCCUCUUCCGCCGCGGCUCCGGCGCCUGAAACACGAGUGUUCUUAUUAUCCAUCCAUGGUGUUCAUCUUUUCGCUCCUUACGCGAGACGCUUAGCUGACAAAAUGAGACCCAUCCUGCUCCAGGGCCACGAGAGGUCUAUCACUCAGAUAAAGUACAACAGAGAAGGAGACCUGCUCUUCUCUGUCGCUAAAGACACAGUCACCAACGUGUGGUACUCUGUGAACGGAGAGCGGCUCGGCACCUACAAUGGACACACAGGAGCCGUGUGGUGUGUGGACUGUGACUGGGACACUAAGAAUGUCUUGACAGGAUCAGCCGACAACAGCUGUCGACUGUGGGACUGUCAGACCGGUAAACAGCUGGCUCUGCUGGAAACCAACUCAGCUGUCAGAACGUGUGGCUUCGACUACAGCGGGAACAUCAUCAUGUUCUCCACAGACAAGCAGAUGGGUUACCAGUGCUUCCUGAACUUCUUCGACCUGAGGGACCCGCAGCAGAUUGGUACGUGCACAU